CCUGGCGUCAUUAAUAUAGUGUUUCAGUGGGUGGGAAGGAAGAGAUUUGAACUUUGAGUCGUGUCUGCAGAGCAGCGACAGCUGAGUGAGCAACAGAGACAGCUCGGAGAAAGUGUUCGGCUGUCUGCCACCUCCACAGCUUCACCCGGAUACUCGCGCUGCACAGUCUCACAUCAUGUCGUUUAUUCUUAUGAAGAAAAAGAGAUUUAAAUUUAAGGUGGACUUCGACUUAGAGGAAUUGUCGUCGGUUCCCAUUGUCAACGGAGUUUUAUUUUGUAAAGUCAGGCUACUGGAUGGAGGUUUUGCUGAAGAGUCCUCCCGGGAGCCCGUCCAAGCCAACUGUGUGCGCUGGAAGAAGAAAUUCUCUUUCAUGUGUAAGAUGAGUGCCAACGCUGGGACGGGUGUGUUAGACCCCUGUGUGUGCCGUGUGUCGGUGCGCAAGGAAUUGAAGGGUGGAAAAACAUAUGCAAAGCUGGGCUUUGCUGACUUGAACCUGUCUGAGUUUGCUGGGUCUGGCAGCACAGUACGACGCUGUCUUCUGGAGGGAUAUGACACAAAGAACACCAGACAGGAUAACUCAAUUCUCAAGGUUGUCAUCACCACACAGCUUAUGUCUGGAGAUCCCUGUUUUAAAACUCCCCCAUCUACAGCCAUGACUCUGGGGAUCCCACAGGCAAAUGCAGAGUGUCUACUUGAGGGGAGGAAAGGAGGAGACAUGCACAUAUCACACUCAGUCUCUGGGACUCCAGGAAAGUCUGUAUCAGUGCCAGAGGAGCUGGUAACGUUUGGUCACUCUCGAACACCCAGCCAUGCAAGUCAGCUGUCAAAAAUUUCAGGUUACAGCUCAAACAACUCCAGUUUAACAGAUCUGAGCCAUCGGCGGAGCGGGUCAGGAGGUUCUGCCUCUACAGGCAUCGGCAGCAUCCUUGAACACAGUGAUCAGCAGGUGGAGAAAGGAGAGAAGGAGAAUAAGACUACUCCUCCAGUCUCUGCAACUUAUCAUCAUACAUUUGAUAGCCCUGCAAUACAUUUAAAGGCUCAAAGACACCCAGUCAAGCAGAACUCUGUGGAGAAUCAGCUGAAAAGAGUCGAUGCGACCAGAGUGGAUGCAGAUGAUAUAAUUGAGAAAAUCCUCCAGAGCCAGGAUUUCAGUCAUGGAUUCUUGGACUCCAGUGCAGAGGAGGAGGGGCUCAGCUUGUUUGUUGGUCCUGGAGGAAGUACAGCUUUGGGAAGCCAGCACAUGAGGGUCGCAAUUGGAGCCUUUGAGCAGGUGGUCAUCAAGCGCUAGGCUUUGGAAAGCAUGUGUCCCCACAAAGGGUGCUGUAUUAUUCUGAUGCAGAGGCCACAGGACUGAACAGUGGAUUUACCAUCAGAACUUGCACCAUCUCAUUCCAAGGGAGAUCUAAUUUCUCUUAUGCAAUCGCUCUCCAGCUGAUUUGCAGCUUAGUCAGGACAGCCCCCUAGUGUUCAGGAAGUGAAGCUGAAGGCCACGUUAUUGAAACGUUUUGUGGACUGAGAUAACUGGUGCACUGAUCUUCUUGUCCUCGUGUGCUCUUUGGGGAAAAAAAAAAUAAGACAUUUCUUCAACAAAGGUAAACUUUUGACAUCUGUGAAAAGGAUUUUAUCUAAAUGUAGACUCCAGACAAUUGCACACCUCUCUCCCUAUGUAAACUCAAAGUAUUAUAAAACUGACAAUGGUAAUAGUAGGUAGGUUGGUUGGUUAUUUAUUGUGGUUAUAGUAAGAUUCUAUUUUAAUAAUUCAUGCUCAAUACAAAUGAACACCUUUCUUCAUCUGGUUGUGACAAAGAGUUACAACAUUGAAAAUAUUGACAUUAAUAGAAUUAAUUGUGUGUGGAUGUUAAGUUAAUCAUAAUAAUAAAUAUAUGUAUAUUUUUUUUUACUCACAAAUUUGUUUUACCAAAUUUAAGAUGUACAAUGCUUAAUGUAUAUUUUGCUGCCAAAUAUACGUCUUUGUACAUCAUCUGUAUCAGUAUGUCAUUCUGACAACCCACUGGUUAUCAUCUGAUGAUGAUGAUGAUCUGAUGAUGAUAACCACAUGCACAUAUCUGUUUAUAGAGAUUAACUGUAUAUACACUUAGUCAGUUUGUUGACAGUUUCCUGCAUUUAUUGCCAACUUUUUUUUUAAAUAAAAACUUUAAUUCU